AGUCACGAAACGAAACAACAGAAACCAGAAAGGCAAAACCCAUACAGAUAGCACUAGCCUUUCACCACAACAAAAGUAGCAAUGGCCCGCUAUUCCGCUUCACCUGCUGUUGAGACCAAGUGCGCCAGAGCUCGCGGUGCUUACUUGAGAACUCACUUUAAGAACUCUCGUGAAGUUGCCUUCACUAUUAAUGGCAUGAACCUGAAGAAGGCUUUUGCUUUCAUGGACAACGUCCUUGAACACAAGCAAGCUGUUCCCUUCCGUCGCUUCAACGGAGGUGUUGGCCGUACUGCUCAAGGCAAGGAAUUCGGUGUCACUCAAGCUCGUUGGCCCGUUAAGUCCGUCAAGGUUAUCCUUGACCUUUUGAAAAAUGCUGAGGCUAACGCUGAGUCCAAGGGUUUGGAUAUGGACAAGUUGGUCAUCAAGCACAUUCAAGUCAACGCUGCCCCUAAACAACACCGUCGUACAUACCGUGCUUAUGGUCGUGUCACUGCCUACUUGUCUCAUCCUUGCCACAUUGAAGUUAUUGUUGCUGAGGAAGAGGAAGCUGUUCCUAAGGCUCAAGAUAAGGUUGCCCGUGUUUCUUUGAAGCAAGGUGCUAAGGCUCGCAACUUGGCUGCUCGUAAGGCUAUCACUGCUGCUUAAAAUGAAAUUUUCAUUAUCUUGUCCUCCUAAUUUAGUUGUUUUCCUCGUAAUUUUUAUGGGUAAAUGCAAUUUAAGUAUUGUAAUGUAUAUUUUAAUUCAUUCAUGGAUACUAAC